CCCACGAAGAGCUAGUGUUUACAAAUUAUAUCCUCAAAAGUGUAUAUCAAGGGUCAUUAUUAGCUAGUUGAGAAGUGUUUAACCUCAAACAUUUUCUCAAGAAAAUGUCGUGAAAAUUAUCACAGUGAUUAAAUAUAAUAAAGCGAGUAAUGGAAAGCAAAGAGGAUACGAUUAGGAUUAAGGAAGAACCGAAAAAUACUUCGCCAGAUGUGCUAAGCGACUUUCAUAUUUUGAAUUCGGCGGACUCCUGUAAAGCCAAAGAACUUGAAACAUUCACACUGCAUGAAUCAUCAGGAAAUCGAAUGAAUGAGGUUAUGUUGUUACAGGAAAAGUUAGAUAAAGAUAUAUUUGUGGAUUUUGAGUGCAAAUAUGUUAAAACUGAAUUGAAGUCUUUAUCGAGAACCAUCUGUAAAAUUGAGAACCAAAGUCAUCCACCUAUUGUGAAAAAAGAAAAACAAACUGAAACUGAUCAUUUAAAUGACAAAAAUUUAAUAGUGUUGAUAAAAAGAGAAGUUGAUCAUGAAAAGAAUCAUCCAUUCCAAAUGAAUUCUCAAUCAAUGUUUAGAGAUUAUAAAAAUACGAAAAUAUUAAGAAAAAGAUCGCUAACCAAAUUAUCUUAUCAAUCUCAAAUAUGUCAAAAAACCUAUAUUCGAAGAGCGAAUCAAAACAGACGUAUCAAUAAGACGCACAAGAGAAAUAGAUCACAUGAUUGCGAACUUUGUCACAAAUCAUUUGGAGUAAAAAGUAAACUUAAAAGGCACUUAACCACAGUACAUAUUCGCAGCAAACCCUUCGAAUGUGACAUCUGUCACAAAUCGUUUGGUCGCAAGGAUUACCUCAAAACUCACAUGAAUGCAGUACAUAAUCUUAGCCAAUCUUUCGAGUGUGAAAUUUGUCACAAAUCACUUUCAUUCAAAGGUGACCUAAAAAGACAUAUAAGAGUAAUUCAUGAUCGAAGCAAACUUUUCGAAUGCGACAUCUGUCACAAAUCGUUUGGUCGCAAGGAUAGCCACAAAACUCACAUGAAUUCAGUACAUAAUCGUAGCCAAUCUUUCGAGUGUGAAAUUUGUCACAAAUCAUUUGGAUAUAAACAUCACUUCAAACAUCACGUGAAUGCAGUACAUAAUCGAAUCAAACCCUUCGAAUGUGACGUUUGUCGCAAAUCAUUUUCAUUUAAAAGUGACCUAAAAAGACACAUAAGUGCAGUACAUGAUCGCAAAAAAAACCCUUCGAAUGCGAGACUUGUCAUAAAUCAUUUGGGCAAAAAGGUAACCUCACAUCUCACAUAAACGCAAUUCAUGCAAUUCUAGGAAUGUGAGUACAAUGAAAAAUUUUACAAUCACAUG